AUGGCAGAAGCCAUAGUAUCCGAUGUAGUUGUGAAGCUUCUUGAAUAUCUCGGGGAAUCAGUUGUUGAGGAUAUAGCGCCUUAUUUCAAUAGGAGAAAGAAACUAAAAGAGUUAGAGCAAUUGAUGGGGAUGAUCCAAGCUCGGCUUCUUGAUGCAGAGAGGCUAAGAGAAGAAGAAAAUGAAGCUUUGAUAAAGCUGUGGCUGAAAAGGCUCAAGCAAGUAUUCUACCGACUGGAAGACUUGUUCGAAGAGGUCGUUGUGGCUGAUCAAGACAAUGAGAAAAUUCCUAGAGGUAAGCUUACAAAACCGCUGCAUGGUUGUUCUUCAUGCUUAAGUCCCUUUAAAGUAAAUAAAAAGAUGGCUUUAGAAGGCAAAGCUAGUAUGGAGGAGUUGAAAGCCAUUACAUCCGAAAUGCACUGCCUAAACCUGAUAGUGCAUUCUGUUGAUGUACAGCCUUCUGUUAGUCUGGUGAGUAGGAGAGAAACACACUCUUUCAUGUUGGAGGAAGAGGUAAUUGGGAGAGAUGCUGAUAAAAAGGAAAUUACAGCAAUGAUUUUAGACUGUGAUAUUGAAGGAGGAAGUAUCUCAGUUAUCCCGAUUGUUGGGAUUGGUGGGUUAGGAAAAACAACUCUCGCUCAACUUGUCUUUAAUGAUGAUAAUAUUCAAAAGCAUUUUGAGCUUAAAGUUUGGGCUUGCAUUUCUCAAGUCUCCAGUUUGGAAGAGGUAGCAAGAAAUAUUCUGAAAUCCGUAAAUCGAAGUGAUUGCCAUCAGCUGAACAUGGAGCAGCUUCAAUGUGGCCUUCGGGAAGCUGUCAAUGAUAAGAAAUUCCUGCUUGUAUUGGAUGAUUGGGAUGAAGAUCGAGAGAGAUGGUUGUGUUUGAGGCGUUUGCUAUGUGGCUGUAGAAGGGGUAGCAAACUAAUUGUGACCUCUAGAUCUAGAGUGGUGGCUGAUAACAUGGGUACAGUUGAACCCUAUGAAUUAGGGGUCCUGCAAGAAGACAUGUCCUGGACUUUGUUUAAAAGCCUUGCAUUUAAGCAGGGACAAGACGGGAAUAAUGAGCAUCUGACCAGCAUUGGCAAACAGAUUGUUAGAAAAUGUGGCCAUGUUCCACUUGCUAUAAGGACUAUUGCUGGUCUUCUUUAUGUUAAAGAUACGGAGCAAGAGUGGGAGAAUUUCAAGGAAAGCUUCCUUAAGCCAUUGAGGAAUCAUGAAACUCCAGAGGAUGUUGGUAAUGGAUACUUCAUGGAUCUACUGAGGAGAUCUUUUUUUCAAGACGUUAGUAGAAAUGAGUAUGGAGAGAUAAUAAGCUGCAAAAUGCACGAUUUGAUGAAUGACUUGGCCAAAAAGAUCAUUGAUAAUACUGUUUGGCAUGCAAGCUUUACUGCUGAUUCAACAUGGAAUCCUCCUCCAUGGUUGCUAGCUGCAAAGAAAAUCCGUUCUCUUCUUCUGACCACCUACAGCCUUUCAUUUUAUGUACCAAAUAUUAAUGAAAUCUUUUCAAGUUUGAGGUGCUUACGCGCAUUGGACUUGCCCCGGGUAGAUAGUGAUAACCUUCCAGAUUCCAUAAGGGGUCUGAAGCACUUAAGGUAUCUAAGACUCAGUGUCUCGUCUAAUACUCUUCCUGAAUGCAUCACGGGGCUACGGAACUUGCAGACAUUGGAUCUCCGAGAAUGCCGGUGGCUUAGAGAACUUCCAAGGGGGUUUCAUAAAUUGACCAGCCUUAGGCACUUGCAUUUCAGAAGUUCUAAUGCAUUGAUUGAUAUGCCGCCUGGAUUUGAGCUAUUAACAACUCUUCAAACAUUGGACUUAUUUGCUGUCGGAGAAUAUACAGGGUUAGAUGCACUGGCUAGCUUGAAUGAUCUUGCUGGAAAAUUAAAAAUCCGCUUUUCAGAACAUGAUAGGAAAGCUGUAUCAGUAGACACAGGGGAAACUUUGAGGGGAAAGAAGCUAACUAGCCUGGAAUUAACAUGGUGGGCGUUGCGGAAUGGGGAACUAGCUUGUAAAUCUGACGAGGUAGAAGAUGAGUUGGCUCUGAAUUGCUUACAGCCCCCACCGUCUCUCAAAAGGCUACAAAUUGAGGGGUGGAGGGGAGCAAGAAAUCGCAGGAUGUGA